GUCAGGACUGAAUUUGUGAUGCACUGUUUACCUUCCGCAGCAGCUGAGACAUGAAUACAUAACACACAUUUAAAAUGUACUCUCACGGUUCGGAGAGUUUAAUUAAACAAGCAAGGGAGAUUCAGGAGUCUGAGCUCCAGAAGUUUUAUGGCAGACUGGUGAGGCUGCUGCAGGCAAAGGAGGUCGGCCAUGAGACCAUCGACUCCCUGCAGAGGCUGCACCUUAUCUUGUCUGCCACCAAGUUCACCAGGAUAUUACCCCCAGAGCUUCACAAGAGGAUUUUGUUACUCAUCUCCUCACCCUUGGAGCAGCUUCAGGUCUUGAGCUCAGCUGUUCUCAGAGAAACAUUGCCCCUCUCUGGUCAGGAAGUGAACUACAGUCAUUUGAACAGCCAUGCUGCCUCUCUGCUGGUCUCACAGGCCCGUUCUAGGCCUGAUGUGGCACCUCUUUGCGCUCAGCUUUUUCGUACUCUGGAGAGUCGUCAGUCAGAAGGACCAGCUCACUCAAUCACACACACCUUGCCAAUUCUUAAUACCGUCAUCACACAUAGCCCGGAGUGCCUCACUGAAGAGCAUGUGACCCUCCUCAGUAAAAAACUUGUGGAUUGGCUGCGUUAUGCCAGCAUCACACAGGGAGGCGGGACUUCCUCAGGAGGUUUCUUCUCUGGGCCCAGAUCACGUCAGCCGGGGCCUAUAGCAGAACUGGACGGGACUGUUUCAGGAGAUUUCUUCACAGUGCUGUGUGUGGGCCAGGGCUUCACAGAGGACCAGUGGAUGAAUGUCUAUUCCUUUUCCAUGCUGCGUAACUGGCUUCUCACCUAUCACUCUGUUUCCAAUUGUAACACCACAGCAGACAGUGCAAACAGGUUACAGCUCAGCCUCUCCCUCUCCCACUCACACUCCUUUUCUAAUGAUGACCGGUCAGAGGUGGACGGGUCAGUUAUCUCUAUGGUUUCAGCGACCUCGUCCUCCAGCAGAUUGCUGCCCCCAAAGGAACGUCUGAGGGAAAAAGCUUUCCAGUACUGCCAACGUCUCAUUGAACAGAGCGAUCGCAAGGCUCAUAAAAGAACAGAUACAGAGCUGCAGAAAGCGUGCCUGGUGGAGGCAGUGUGCAUCCUGGACUGUGUGUGUUUAGAGGACACCUCACUGGUCUACCGAGUGUUCCCAUGCAUAAAGGCGCUCUAUGGGCGGCUCUGCUCAGACCUGUCUUUUGCCAGAGUCCUGGUUCCCAUAGCCCAGUUCUACCUCAACCAUGGUGAGAUGGCAGCAGUGGACUGUGAGCCUGUGUGGCAGCUGGUGUUCGGUCGAUUCCCUGCAGAACUGUUCAAUGACCCCUUCCUGGCUCACGAGCUUCUACGUUUCCUUCGACUUAAUAUUGAGAACCUGCAGCUCCGAGUUCCACAGUACACCCUCUCCUUUCCAAACCUGCUCAAGUUCUUGGCGUGGGACAGCUCAGCCAUGGUGGAUGAUUUUGUGGAUCUGCUGCCCUCUCUGGUGACAGCUGGAACUGCAGUGGAGCUGCUCCACACUCUGUUGGACCUGCCCUGUCUGUCUGCUACGCUGGUCUUGCAGCUCAGGUCAGCAUGUCUGCCCAUUACUGAGCCAAGUGGUCGCAUCCUUCAGGCACUGGAUGCAUUUCGAAACCCCUCUGUCCGAGGGCUUUUCCUCUUCCUACUUCGAGGGGAAGCAGGUUCAGGCGACACAAUUGAGCGUCUGAGCACGCUCCAUGAGCUGCUCACCGAGAGUGCUGAUUGGCCAAGAGUCAUUCAGUGUGCCCAGACUGUCCCUGUGCUGUUGCACAUAUUUUUCAACACCGUCAUUAAGGUGGCUGAUGAGAAGCUUUUAGCACACUUGAUUCUGGUGCAGCUGGAGCGGAGCAGCCUCCUGCUCAAAAUCCCAAAGUACAUAAAGGAGGUGCACAGGGUGUUCAGCUGCCACCUGCUGAAGCUGUGCAAACUCCACCCGUCUCUUGUAGUAGACCAGUCCCACGAGCUGCUGGAGUUCGCUGGAACCACAGCCAACGUCUACAGCAAGGAAGAAGUCUACACACAUGUGGUGUGGGUGCUGGGAGAGUAUCUCUCUGUGUCAUGCGACGCUCGCUGCUCUGUGAGGCUCAUCACUUCCUGUUUCGAGGCGUUAGAAGCCGUGCUGUUUGAAAUCACCUCAUCAGCCCCGCCCGCAGGGGCAGUUUGCCCCAACCCGAGGGUCAUCACCACCUUAAUGAGUGCACUUGCUAAGCUGGCAUCGCGGUCACAUGACCUCAUUCCCAGGAUAUCUCUGUUCUUCUCUAAGCUACGAACAGUAACCAGAGGUGGGUCAGCGGCCUGGUGCUCUGACGAGGAGGACCUUGUUGCCAUAGUAACUCGAGGGGAAGAGUUGUGGUCACUCCUCAAAGCCCCUGGUGUGGCUCAGAGCGUCCUGACCCCACCUCCCCAUGUGAACACCGCCCAGUGGCAUCGAGACACCAACGUGGCCAUGCCACUGCAACUGCGGACCAUCACCAGCCUCACACACUCACAAUGACACACAGACUUUAUUGAUUCCACACACAAAAAAUAUAAUUAUCAUCUUGGAGAAGCAACUGUCAUGGUUUCCUCAUGAAAGGGGCAAAAAGCCAGAUAUUAAUGAUUCUAGAUUGUUUUGGUUUUUUUUAAAUAAAUCAUAUUAUGUGAUCAAAAAUUCCAGUAAUGGUGUUCAUUUGGCAAAAAACAAAACACAAAGCCAUCAUAGUACAAUAUAGUGUCUUUUUAAUACAUCGAUUUGUCAGAAAUAACAUUUUACAAAAUAGAUCAUCUGAUUAAAAAAAAAAGAUUUUCUCACUUCCUGAGUAAGUACUGUUUAAAACUGUAACAGUUAUCUACCAGAGAUUAUAAAAACCUGAAGCGUGAUCUACACAGUGCUUGACGAAGUAUAAAAACUAUGAAAAUAAAACUUCAGAUUCAUUUAUACUUUGUGUGUAUAAUUUACAUGUAUAUUUUGUUACUGUAUCUUCUGCAAAUUUCCAUCAAAUCUACUUUAUACAUCAACGCUGUUAACAGAAAAGUGCUCAGAAAUAAGUGCAUUACUUGAACUAAACAACUGGCAAUCGUAGUCCUCUGAAUACAUUGGUGCAUUCAGCUGUGACUGGGUAAUGUGUGAGGAAAACACUACAUCAGUGUCAUGAGUUUAACAUCUACACCCAGUUUUCUGUGCCACAUUAACUCAACAGUAACUGAAGACUAAGACAUUCACCUUUAAAUCACACAGUAAAUGAUGAGAAUUCUCUGUAAUGAUCAUAAAUAACAGACCAGUUCUACUGAAGGCUUACAGUCGGUCUGUAGACAGGUCACUUCAUACUAGUGAUGCAUUGUGGUUUGAGAUGAGCAUAAGAUAACAAAAAUCCAAAAUCAGUGGCAGCGAAAACAAUAUAGUAUUUAAAGUGUAAAUACUCUGAAAAUGGUUGAACUUCCAUUAAAGAACUUUAUAUUUUCCUCUUAUGCCUGUGCAAACUGGACAAGAGUUCACUAAAAUAUGUGAUAUUAUUGUGACAUGAGUGUGAAUUUCAAUAUGUGAAAGUAGCACCAUUAGAAAAAGGAAUGUCUGUAGAGUAAAAUUUGGCACAUUACUUGGCUGGAGUACUGAAUGGAUAAAGUGAAAUGACUUGGGACAGUGUAGGCAGUGUUGUCAUGGCAGAAAAUAUGGACUGGUCAAAAUAUGGUCAUAUAAACCUUUCGGUACAGGGUGUUUUGUUCUAUCAUUCCAAAUAUUUCGUAGAAGAGGAUCACAUUAAA